AUGUAUUCCCGGUUUUGUUAUUUGGAAUGGAGGCGUGGACAAUGACCGCAACAUUGAUGAAAAAAGUAGAGGCCUUCGAAAUGUGGGCUUACCGACUUAUAUUACGUAUAUCCUGGACUGAGCACGUAACCAACGAAGAGGUACUACGCCGGAUAAGUAAAGAGAGAGAGGUAGGAAUAAGUAUAAAGAAAAGAAAGUUGGAAUACUUGGGUCACGUUAUGAGACAAAAUAAAUAUAGAGUACUACAGUUGAUCGUUCAAGGAGGAGAAGACACUCGUGGAUCCAAAACUUACGGCAAUGGUUCAGAUUGUCAUCUGCUGAACUAUUCAGAUCUGCCGUAAACAAAGUCAGAAUAGCCAUGUUAUUGCCAACGUUCGGAACGGACAA